CCCCAUCUUUAUCUGGCUGGACGGGUUAGAGGCCGCUGUAGAGGUGAGAAACCCUUAGGUAGGAAACCGUUCGACCUUCGGAGAACUUUUCAAGGUUCCUAUAUAACUCGGCGAAAACGCGAUCGCUCAGGUUUUCAACAGGGAAGAAUACCUCUCCACUCAAGAGAGGUAAGCUGCAUAUUCGAAUCAGAAGGAAACAUGAUGAGAGGAAGUUCUAAAUUAGCUCUUUUAGUGGUGUUGGUAGUGUGCGGCGGAACUUUGAUUUCAGCUGCCAGUGACAAUGAAACGAUUCCUGAAGAACAUGAAGAGACUUUUGAGGAAUUGGAGAAGAAAAUUAAAACGAGUAUGGGAAAUUUGGUGAAGAUGGCCCUGCCUCAUCUAAUGAGAGGGUCUUCGGAUGCUAAAGUUUCUGGCCCGUGUUCGGCGAGUAUUAUAAAGCUAAUUGGUGGAUUACGGCAGAUUAGAGAGUGGGCAAUGAGAUUUGUUGAUGCUACCGGAAAAAUUCCUCCCGGUGUACUGGAAGGGACAUCGCUUUCGAUGGGGGACUUCGAUGAAUGUUUGGACAUUUCAGUCGGUAAGAAGGACGAAAUUCCUGUCCCAGAAGAUCAGGCCAUCUUCAGAGGACAAUAUUGCUUGUUGGAAUUCCACAGACCCGAAGCUAUUAACAAAGCCAUUGAAGAUUACGAAAAUGGGAACAAAGAUACACCUAUCGCCAAAACAAAGACGUUUCUCAACCUGUUUGUAAGAUACAAACAUUUAACUAACUCUACAAUGAAGGUUGGGUUAUGUAUUCCUUCAAAAUGCUCACAAGAUGAUGUGCAAAGUAUAAUGAAUUCAGAGUCUCUCAAGCAAUACAUUGGGAAAGUGAGUGUUUCCUAUUGCGAAAAGAAAAAUGAAAGCCAUACUGGAACGGAGCAGAUAGUUUUAAUGUGUGUUUUCGGUUUUAUUUUGUGUUGUCUGUUCUUGGGUACUAUCGCUGAUGCAUUCUUGCGUUUACGAAAGGAUUCUCAAGAUUUAAUAUCAGAAAAAUCAAAUUUUAUCCGUAUCAUCAUCCAGAAAACAUCUCUUUAUGGGAAUGCCAUUAAUGUUUUAAGCACCAAAAGGAAAUCGAAUGGCUUGGAAUGCCUCCAUGGUCUUCGAACGAUUAUUGUGAUGCUUAUCAUUUAUAGUCAUACCUAUGGUUAUCUUCAUAUUUUGCAUUUCCAAAAAUAUUCGAAAGCAGCCAAUUUCUUAAGAUUCUUCGACAGUUUCACAUUUUCUGGAAUUGGAAAUGGAUCUGUAGCAUUAGAUUCCUUGAUUUUCGUAUCAGCUGUAACAAUUACAUAUCAAAGGUGGAGAUUUGCAUCUAAAGAAAAUAAAGUCAACUUAGGAAUUUUUAAACUGCUCUUACAUCGUUUUCUCAGAAUGUCUGCAGCUCAAAUAGUGGCUAUAUCUUUCUUUCUGCUGCUCCCGGCCUUUGGUUCUGGACCAAUCUGGACUGCUUACAUGACCCCCAUUCUGAAUAACUGCAGGCAAAGGUGGUGGCUGAACCUUCUUUAUAUCAGCAACUUUUGGGAACAUACCGACGUGUGUUUAUAUCAUUCUUGGAUACUGUCACUCAUAAUGCAGCUGACAAUUCUCGGUGCCUUUUCCAUAUGGAUUCUUAAAAAAUCUAGACGAUUCGGCCUUUUCUUCAUUAUUCUGCUAAUAAUUUCCGGAAUCAUAUUUGUUGCUAUUAUGACUGUUAUUCACAAUCUUCCAGGAAGUUUAGCCUUUUAUAUGAUGGAUAAAAGGACAUUCCCCAUUGCAUGGAGAGAUGUUUUUACGAAGCCAUUUGAUCACGUGGGACCUUUUUGCAUUGGACUUUUGACUGGUUAUUUCCUAGCUGUAAAAAGAGAUAGACUGGAAAUUUCAAGGGUUGCUUCAGUUAUCCUGUGGUGUUCCUCUAUAGUCUGUACCACAUCUGUCAUGUUCGGACUCUACAGUUAUAGGAAUGGUCAAAAGAUGGAAACACCAUUGGCAACGUUUUAUGCAAUCAUGCAUAGAAACGUCUGGUGUAUUGGAAUCGCCUGGAUGGUCAUAGCUUGUACCACUCACCAUGGAGGACCAAUAUCCCGAGUGCUGAAAUCUAAACCAUUUAUUCCUUUGGAUCGUUUGUGCUAUAUGGCUUACCUGAUACACCUUCCUAUUAUGCAUUACCGAAGCGCAUCUAUACGUGAAAGAUGGUACAUGGGACAUUUGGAAAUUUUGUUCAUGGCUACAAGUUACAUUGUGAUGUCUUUUAUCAUAUCCUUCAUUUUAACUGUUAUAUUUGCUGAGCCUUACUUUGCUAUAGAAAAGCACAUAUUUUCUUAUUUCUGUGCCAAAGACAAAGUUAAUUUCCAGUCGAAAACUGAUCUGAAAGAGGUACCAAUACCUAGCAUUAUAACAGAACCCAAAGCCACUACCACGCAAAAUGGAUGUAUCAACCUAGGAUAUUCCCAAAAGAACGAUUUAUUUUAACUGAAUCAAAUAUUAUUUUAUAAAAGUCAUUUGAUCGUAUUGAAUUGCAUACUAGGUUGAUGAAAAUACUGAAGCAAUCAGCUUUGCAAUUGAUAAAAGCAAUUAUUGCUUCGAUGAGUCGAAAUAAUAUAAAGACUGCAUCAGAUUGAAACAAGUAAACUGAUUUUCCAAUUGCCAGUUAAGAAAUAGCCAACUCUUGUCUGCAGCAGUUGUAGGAACAAACUGGAUUCCAUUCAAAUGUGCAAUCAAAUGCUAUAUUUUCGAAUUACUAUUGUCUGCAUGAAAGUACCAAAAUGUAUGAAGAAUUUCACAUCGAGUUUACUUUCUUGAGUGUAGUACAGCAAAAAAAGACCAAUGAAUUUUUGCAUUGAUACAGAAUACAGUCGAAUUGCAUCUUCAUCAUUUCCGAUAAACUGAAAAAUAAAUGUUAUUCUUCUUUUUGCAUAAAAUCUGCAAAGCUGGGAGUUUGAAAAACAUAUGGUUUGAUGGAAACAAAUUUUAACGGUUUUUGUAGAAUUUUAAUGCAUAAUUCAUUUUAAUAUCUGUGAUAGACAUUAAAAAACUGACUAUUUGUGAACGAUAAAUCUGCUGGUUGACACUGGAACGAAGUAAAUAAUCGUUUCUGCCUUUAAAAAACUACGUACAAAUGUGUAAAUCAAAACUAUUAAUUGUUACACAGUUUUUCCCUUUUUGUAUUAUUAUGGAAAGAUUGAGAAAAUCGUUUGCUUUUUGCUGCAAACAAUUAUAUGAAAAAAAUCAGUUUAUUAAAUGUGUAUAAAUGUGAAAGAGUGUCGGAUGUGUGUGUCUAAUGAAACAAACAACUAUGGAAAAAAAAGAAAAUCACUGUACUUUUAAAUAUAUCAUUGAUGAAUGUAUUAUAUAAAAUAUUAUUACAUUAAAUAUAUCAUUGUUAUAUAUGUCAGUAAAACUGUAUAUUUAUUAAAUUCAUAUUUUUCCAGAAAGAAAAUUGCUUGAAAUAAGUAUUUUAAUUUUUUUAAAUGAAGGAUUUACUCUUGUACGUGAAAAUUUUAUAUUACAUAUUAAAUAUAUUUUCUUGCUUUUCACGACUAGAAAAAAUAUAUAGAGUAUUAUUUAUCAUUGGCAAUUGUUUAUACAAUCUCUGAGAGUUAACUGUAUUUCGCAUAAAUGCAAUAUUAUAUGAUGAGUUGAUUAUUCUCUUGGGUUUCACAACCAACUUAAUCUGUCAACCUGACUUUUUUUUUUUUGAAAAUAAAUUUGUUGUCACAAAAAAUAGCUUGCAUCAAUUCUGAAAGCAGCUUUACAUGAGCGUAGCAAAGUCAGGUAAUUUUUAAAACCCUCAUCUUAAUGCCAUUAUUGGUAUAUGUGGCAUUGAAAGGCAUUAGAAAUUUAAAAUUUUCUCCCUGUGUUGAUAAAUUUGUUACAUUGAACUAGUUAUGAUAUUACUAACAAAAACUUAAAAGAAUUAAUAAUAGACUUUAUCCUUAAUCAAUUUAUUAAAAGAAAUGCUACAGUUAUAUCAAAUUUUUAGUUUAUUUUAAACACAUCUUUUGACAGUUUACGUUUAGAAAUUCUAAAUUAACAUUUCAUAAAUUGCUACGAAAUGAUUCAUAAAAGUAAAGAAUUUUAGAAGCUUUCCUAAAAACCAGAAAAUACAUAAUG